UCAAUUAUCACUACUACUUUGCAGAGUAAAAAAAAGCUGAAUUUAUUAUGAACAAGAAAUUCGGAGAGUGUCGAGGUAGCUAAAGCUGCCUGCUUUGCCGCUGCACCUUUUUCUUUAUCUUCUCGUCCUCGCAAAAUCGCCAUCUCCAUCGAUCUCCCUCUCCUCCUUCGUCGUCGUCGUCGUCUCCUUCCCCUGCGCUUGCUUUAUUUUCUUGGUCGAUCCAUCUCUCCACCUCGCUCUCGUUGUUUCUUUGUCUCAUCGAUCGGGUGAAGGAGAAGCAUUGGUGGAGAUCGAUCAAGAACCGUGCUUUCUGUGUCUUUGAGAUGGAUAUGGGCUUCUUGUUCUUCUUGUUGUAAGUGUGCGAAUCUUGGGCGGAGGAGGAGGAGGAGGAGUAUGUCGGAGUCGAGUAGGGCGUUCGGGGUGAAUGCGGCGGCGUCGUCGUCGUCCGUGGCCGACGGAGACGAGGCGGCGGCGAGAGCGGGUGGUGGGCGUGGGCGGGGGAAGAGGGGUGGCGACGACGAUGGCGGGAGUGGCGCAGGUGGGAGCGUGGCGUUCCACCGGCUGUUCGCGUUCGCCGACGGCACGGACGCGGCGCUGAUGCUGCUGGGCACGCUGGGCGCGGUGGCCAACGGCGCCGCGCUGCCGUUCAUGACGGUGCUGUUCGGCGGCCUCGUGGACGCGUUCGGCGGCGCGGCCAGCGCCCGUGACGUCGUGGCGCGCGUCUCCGAGGUGUCGCUGCAGUUCAUCUACCUCGCGAUCGCCUCGGCCGCCGCGUCGUUCAUCCAGGUGGCGUGCUGGAUGAUCACCGGCGAGCGGCAGGCGGCGCGGAUACGGAACCUGUACCUGAAGACGAUACUCCGGCAGGAGAUCGCCUUCUUCGACAAGCACACCAACACCGGCGAGGUCGUCGGGAGGAUGUCCGGCGACACGGUGCUCAUCCAGGACGCCAUGGGCGAGAAGGUCGGCAAGUUCGUCCAGCUGCUCGUCACGUUCCUCGGCGGCUUCGCCGUCGCCUUCGCGCAGGGGUGGCUCCUCACCCUCGUCAUGCUCGCCACCAUCCCGCCGCUCGUCCUCGCCGGCGCCGUCAUGUCCAAUGUCGUCGCCAAGAUGGCUUCGCUCGGCCAGGCCGCCUACGCCGAGGCCGCCGUCGUCGUCGAGCAGACCAUCGGCUCCAUCAGAACAGUCGCGUCGUUCACCGGCGAGAAGCAGGCGGUGGCCAAGUACGGCAGGUCACUGCAGAGCGCGUACAGCUCCGGCGUCCGGGAGGGCCUCGCCGCCGGCGUCGGCAUGGGCACGGUCAUGGUGCUCCUCUUCUGCGGCUACUCGUUGGGGGUUUGGUACGGUGCCAAGCUGAUCCUGGAGAAAGGAUACACCGGAGCUCAAGUCAUGAAUGUGAUCUUCGCCGUGCUCACCGGCUCGCUAGCUCUAGGUCAGGCAUCACCAAGCAUGAAAGCAUUUGCAGGAGGGCAGGCUGCAGCAUACAAGAUGUUUGAAACAAUCAACAGGGAGCCUGAGAUCGAUGCAUACAGCGCCACAGGUAGGAAGCUAGAUGACAUUCAGGGGGAUAUUGAGUUCAGGAACGUUUACUUCUCUUACCCGACAAGGCCCGAUGAACAAAUAUUCAGAGGGUUCUCCCUUGCCAUACAGAAUGGUGCUACUGUUGCAUUGGUUGGACAGAGUGGGAGUGGAAAAUCAACUGUUAUCAGCUUAAUCGAGCGGUUUUAUGAUCCUCAGCUUGGUGAAGUUCUGAUAGAUGGAGUGAAUCUCAAGGAGUUCCAGCUAAGGUGGAUCAGAAGUAAAAUAGGACUUGUGAGCCAGGAACCGGUCUUGUUUGCUGCUAGCAUCAGAGAUAACAUAGCUUAUGGCAGGGACAAUGCUACAAAUCAGGAAAUUAGAGCUGCUGCUGAGCUUGCUAAUGCCUCCAAAUUCAUUGAUAAAAUGCCCCAGGGUUUUGCUACUUUGGUUGGUGAACAUGGGACACAAUUAUCUGGUGGGCAGAAGCAGAGAAUCGCCAUUGCCAGAGCAAUUCUCAAAGAUCCAAGGAUUCUACUACUGGAUGAAGCAACCAGCGCUUUGGACACCGAAUCUGAAAGGAUUGUGCAGGAGGCUCUCGACAGGGUCAUGACAAACCGAACCACUGUCAUAGUUGCUCACCGUUUGACCACUGUCAGGAAUGCUGAUACUAUUGCUGUCAUUCAUCAAGGAUCAAUAGUUGAAAAAGGUUCACACCAUGAGCUCAUAAGGGAUCCAGAUGGAGCAUAUAGCCAAUUGAUACGCUUACAGGAAAACAGUCAUGAUUCUGAGGAUGCAAAUUACCAGUAUAAAUCAGGCAAGAAGAGUGAUUCUGCUAUUCGCUCAGGCAAGCAGGUGUUUUCAUACCAGUCGACUCCCCAGAGGUCAUCUAGGGACAAGAGUAGCAAUCACUCAUUCUCACUAUCAUUGGCAGCUGCUCUUGAAAUUGACAUCCAGGGUGGUUCACCAAAGAAGCUAGCUGAAGAAAUACCACAGGAAGUGCCUCUCAAUCGCCUCGCAUCGCUUAACAAACCUGAGAUCCCAGUUCUUCUACUUGGUUCUGUUGCUUCUGUUGUCAGUGGAGUGAUUUUCCCAAUCUUUGCAAUACUUCUGUCCAAUGUGAUAAAAGCAUUCUAUGAGCCUCCACAUGUGCUGAAAAAGGAUGCCGAGUUUUGGUCAUCUAUGUUCCUAGUGUUUGGAGCAGUGUACUUCUUGUCACUUCCUAUUGGCUCAUACCUUUUUUCAGUGGCAGGGUGCAAGUUGAUCAGAAGGAUCAGAUUGAUGACUUUUGAAAAGGUCGUAAAUAUGGAGAUUGAAUGGUUUGAUCACCCAGAAAACUCAAGUGGAUCAAUUGGAGCAAGGCUAUCGGCCGAUGCAGCAAAAGUUAGGGGACUUGUGGGUGAUGCACUUCAACUGGUUGUGCAGAAUUUAGCAACAUUGGUUGCUGGCUUGUUGAUUGCUUUUAUUUCAAACUGGGAGCUAUCUCUGAUCAUUCUGGCAUUGAUACCACUCAUCGGUGUCAACGGAUGGAUCCAGAUGAAGUUUAUUCAGGGAUUCAGUGCGGAUGCAAAGAUGAUGUAUGAAGAGGCAAGUCAAGUAGCAAAUGAUGCAGUAAGCAGCAUAAGGACGGUAGCCUCAUUUUCAGCUGAAGAAAAGGUAAUGGAUUUGUACAAGACAAAAUGCGAAGGACCACUAAGAACAGGAAUCAGGACAGCGAUAAUAAGUGGUAUCGGUUUUGGUGUUUCCAUCUUCCUGCUGUUUGGAGUCUAUGCAGCCAGCUUCUAUGCCGGUGCUCGGCUUGUCGAGGACAAGAAAACAACUUUUCCCAACGUUUUCAGGGUGUUUCUUGCUCUCACAAUGGCAGCAAUUGGGGUCUCACACACGAGUAACCUCACAUCAGAUUCUUCGAAAGCGAAAUCAGCUGUAUCUUCCAUAUUUGCCAUCAUAGACCGUAAAUCUAGGAUAGAUCCAAGUGAUGAUGCUGGAGUGAGUCUAGAACCACUAAGGGGUGAUAUCGAGUUCCACCAUGUGAGCUUCAGAUAUCCUACACGGCCAGAUGUUCAGAUCUUUGAAGACCUGUGCUUAGCAAUUCAAUCUGGAAAGACGGUUGCGCUUGUCGGAGAGAGCGGCAGCGGGAAAUCGACAGCUAUAGCAUUGCUCCAGAGGUUCUAUGAUCCAGAUGCAGGCCAUAUACUUCUUGAUGGAGUGGACAUACAGAAGUUCCAGCUAAGGUGGCUAAGGCAACAGAUGGGUCUGGUGAGCCAAGAACCAGCCCUGUUCAAUGACACAAUCCGCGCGAACAUCGCCUACGGAAAGGAAGGGGAAGCAACCGAAUCAGACAUCGUAUCCGCUGCGCAAUUGGCAAACGCGCAUAAGUUCAUCAGUUCAUUGCAUCAGGGAUAUGAUACCUUGGUCGGGGAGCGAGGAGCUCAGCUGUCUGGAGGGCAGAAGCAGCGCGUCGCCAUCGCCCGCGCCAUUGUCAAGGACCCCAAGAUCCUCCUGCUCGACGAAGCCACGAGCGCGCUCGACGCCGAGUCGGAGCGCGUCGUCCAGGGCGCGCUGGACCGGGUGAUGAUGAGCAGGACCACCGUGAUCGUCGCGCACCGGCUGUCCACCAUCCAGGGCGCCGACAUGAUCGCCGUGGUCAAGAACGGCAUGAUCAUCGAGAAGGGGAAGCACGAGGCCCUGAUCGGAGUCAGGGAUGGCGCCUACGCGUCCCUCGUCGCCCUCCAUUCAGCUGCCAGGUCGUAGCUAGCAAAGAUCAUGGCUUGCUGCUUCUGCUAGCUGAAUCUGCGAGAGCUGAGCAAGACACUGGUGUAACUGUAGCAUGUCCAGGCUCCAGUUCUUGUCGUCCAGCAGCUGCAGACUCUGAUGAACACAACAGAUAUAUCUAUAUACAUAGAUAGAUAAGAUAGCUCCUCCGAAGAAUAUUCACCAGGAAGAUCAUACAAGAUAUGAAAAUGAAAUGUAAAUGCGAAGAGUUUGUGUGAAACUAUGAAUGUUCAUACCAAGGAUAUGGUAUGGAUAUUCACUGUCACAAGUGUAUACCAUAGAAAUGAAGUAGAUCAUAAUUGUGAUUUGUGAUA